AUGACCUUGAUAUAUGACCUCAAAGUCAACACACAACUCCUCAAGUUCCAAGGUCCCAAAUUCCAGAAUCCCAGUGUUCGAAAAUUCUAAAAUUACAAUCUAUUAAAAUAUGAAUUCUUGUGACUGGAGAGGUUGUUAAAAUAUCCAAAAAAUUUCAAGGAAUUUGGAAUAUUGCUACCUUCGAUACAUAUAUUUAAAGUAGAAAUUUCGGAUGAUAUUCAGCAUUGAUCUUUGGGCGCGCAAGCGCCAGCCGGCAGAUCAUACGUAUAUAAUAGUUUUCGUUACACGGUUCGUGCAUUCAUUCAGUGGAGACAACUAUACCGUGGCCAUCUAUUUUCGUUUGUACGGUCUUGAACCGAUUGUGGCCAAGGUAAGAAUUGUUUCACAUCCGUAACAAAACAUUAUACACGUAAUUACUGUUGUAAACGGAUAAACGAAAGAUUCAACAUGUAACUCACGAUUUCAUACUAUCUGACAUACUCACAUAAAAAAACACACACAAAGAUACAUUCUCGUAAAAAUGGACAGUAUUUUAUUAGGUAGGUAAUAUCAAUGCAGUUUGAUUCGUAAUCAUAGUGCGUUACAUUGAUAACUGUUGUAGCGAAAAGGAAGAAGUGUACAGGAUACUUAACGUGUAGUACUCUAAUUCAAUGUCGGUCAUCCUUGACGAAUGUGGAAAUGGUACUGGUUCGCCCUCGAUAUCCAAAGCUGAAGAUAAUUUGUCCAAUAGCGACGGUCCACUCAUCAAGGGUUCUGAAAACAUUAAUCGAACAAUGCUCAUCUCUCGAACGAUGCCGACGACCAACGAAAAAUCGACAAAACGACGUUAUUGCCUGUGGAUCUUGACUUUCAUCCUGGCGAUAAUUGGGCUAUGUAAUCUUUUUCUUAAUAUAACUGUUAUCGCCGUCUUGCGGAUCAGUCAAGGAAUGGAGGCGAUGGAGAUGAUACCUGAUGAAAAUCUUGUGAAGUUUUAUGGAAAAACUGACUUAGAUAGGGUGUGUUUGCGAUCAGGUAUUUGUCAGAGUUAUGGCGACGAAUCGAUGGAAAUCUCUGGCGAUGAAGCUGGCAUACAAAUAGACGUGAACAAUCAAAGAACACAGGAUGAAACACGCGUGAAAGUUACCGUUUUACCAAAUGGUACCUCAAUAGCACACGUAGAGUCUUUCGAGAUUAGAGAUCCCAGGUCGGGAGCUAUUUACUUUACUACUGAUUUUCCAAAUUUUGGAUUACCAUCGGGUGUAGAAAAAAUUGAUGUGAAGCUUGCGGAGACUCACAGAAUCACGUCACCAGUGAACGAAAGUCUCACUGUAAAUUCUGAUGAUCAAAUUUCUAUGCAAGGUGCAGAAGGUGCAAGCAUGGAAAGCAAAGAUAUUGUUUGGAGUGCGGAUACUGAUAUUUUCUUAAAGAGCAUCAAUGGAAGCAUUGUUCUUGACGCGAAAGAAGGCGUUGCUAUCGACGUUGAAAAUAUACCUGUUACUCCGAUAUUUUUGCAAAAUCCACCCGGCCAAGAACAGUACAAAGUGUGCAUUUGUAUGCCACAAGGAAAACUUUUUAAAGUAGCGGUUCGCACGGGUUCUAACAGCCGAUCAGUGAAUUGUGCUCGUAUAAGUAGAACUCCUGAAAAUGAUCCUUGUUUAUGAUAGGAUAGAAAAAACAAUUUUAUUGCAAUUUUGUUAUUUCACGUAUUAAACACUGCCAUGUGUAUGAACUGAAAAUAUAAGACUUGAUUUGUUAUUCCGUGAGUUACUAAACUUGAAUUCUUGUACAUAUGAAUUCUGGUAUCAUUAUAAGAACUUUGAAAUAUAUUGUAAGUACUAUGCAUA